UUGACGAAAAAGUUGACAUACUCUUGAGGUGCCGAUGGAUUCACAGUCUUGAAUUAUGAUCAUGUCCCCCAGAUACACGUUCUAGACAUGUAAAUUCGCGUAUCACUACCAUUUGUCAAGAUGCUUGGGAGAGGAAACUCUAUUUUAUUACAAAAUCUCAGGAAAAAGACCGGUUCUGUUUUUAGACAUCGACUGCAAAGAUGUAUGGCCACUCAGGCAUCGUAUGACGUGGUUGUGGUUGGAGGGGGGAUUGUUGGACUGGCGACAGCCAGGGAACUGAUCCACAGACAUCCCACAUUAAAGCUUGCUGUUGUAGAGAAAGAGAAUGAACUUUCUGUCCAUCAGUCAGGAAAAAACAGUGGAGUCAUUCACUGCGGUAUAUACUACACCCCAGGCUCCCUGAAGGCUAAGUUGUGUGUGGAAGGACUGGACCUGAGCUACAAGUAUUGUAAUGAAAAGAAUAUUCCCUAUAAAAAGUGUGGAAAGAUAAUUGUAGCAGUGGAAAAGAAAGAGCUACCUCAACUUGAAAAGUUAUAUCAAAGAGGCCUAGAGAAUGGGGUAAAAGAUCUGAAAAUAUUAGACUCAAAACAAAUCAAAGACGUUGAGCCGUAUUGUGAGGGUGUAUCUGCUAUCUUAUCACCAAAUACUGGGAUAGUUGACUGGGCAGAGGUGGCACGAAGUUAUGGAGAAGACUUCAAGAAGGCGGGUGGUGAAAUAUAUACUGGUUAUGAGGUUACAGAUUUCACAUGUAGUCCUGAAAGCAGUCGUUCCCAGGAAAAAGAAGCAGGUCACACUCAUCCUGUUACCGUAUGUGGAAAGAAUGUUUCUCCCCUUAGUUGUCGCUAUGUUGUAACAUGUGGAGGCCUGUACUCAGAUCGCCUGGCAGAGAAGUCUGGUUGUGAAAGUGAUCCAAGAAUUGUUCCAUUCCGAGGUGAAUACCUCAAGUUAAAAGAUGAGAAGAGUCAUUUGGUGAAGGGAAACAUCUAUCCAGUACCAGACCCCAACUUUCCUUUCCUUGGGGUCCACUUUACUCCGCGCGUUGAUGGCAGCGUGUGGCUUGGGCCUAACGCAGUUUUAGCAUUUGCCAGGGAAGGUUACAAACUUACAGAUGUCAAUGUGAAAGACUUAGUGGAUGCCCUGGGCUACCGGGGUCUAAGGAAACUUAUGUUUAAAUACUUUAUGUUUGGUGUUGGGGAGUAUUAUCGCGGGAUUAUCAUAUCUGCCCAAGUUAAACAGCUUCAGCGAUACGUUCCCAGUCUGAAAUUGGAAGAUGUAGAGAGAGGACCAGCAGGAGUUCGUGCCCAGGCGAUGGACCGUGAGGGAAAUUUGGUAGACGAUUUUGUGUUUGACGGAGGAGCAGGGGACAUAGGAAGCCGUGUCCUGCAUGUCAGAAAUGCGCCUUCUCCUGGGGCCACGUCUUCUUUGGCUAUUGCAAAAAUGGUCGCCGAGAAGGUCCAAGAUCGUUUCAAUCUGUAGGAACCUGUUGGGAUCCAAGACAGUGAAACAAUAAUUCUAUGAUUGCGCUAAAUAAUACAGUUUAGCUCGAAGAUCCUGCAAAAUAUAAGGG